AUUACAUACAGGUGUAGGAGAUAUAUAAGAAAGAGGGGGAGGAAGAAUUAAGGGCAACAGCAAUGGCAUUCUCCCACAGCAAAGUAGGCGUGGCCGUAUCAGUCCUCAUAACCGGUGUAAUAUACAUCCUAUGCUUCUGGUCAGGUGAUCCUCUCAUCUCUUCUCUCCAACACAGUUCUCCCCCAGCGGUUAUUGAUGAGUUGGAGGCGGUGCUGGAGAGCGCGGGUUCGGGGAACAACAAGACAGUCGUGAUAACGAUGGUCAACAAGGCCUAUGUGGAGAAGAGCGGCGCAUCGACCUCAACGGUGCUCGAUCUGUUCCUUGAGAGCCUCUGGGAGGGAGAAGGGACGAGACACCUCCUCGACCAUCUGCUGCUGGUGGCCGUUGAUCAGACGGCCUACGAUCGCUGCAGGUUCCUCAGGCUCCAUUGCUACAGGCUCGAGUUGACGGAUCAGCAGCAGCCUCUUGAUUUCUCCGGAGAGAAGGUUUACAUGUCCCCCGAUUUCAUUCAGAUGAUGUGGAGACGGACUCUCUUCCUCCUUCAAGUCCUCCGCCACCGUUACAGCUUCAUUUUCACGGACACGGACGUGAUGUGGCUGCGGAACCCCUUCUCGCGGCUAAACAAGAACGAGAGCGUGGAUCUCCAGAUAAGCAGGGACAGCCCAAAUGAUCACUUCAUCAACACCGGCUUCUACCACAUAAGAUCAAACGAGAAGACCAUCUCCCUCUUCGAGAAAUGGUACAGCAUGAAGGACAACUCCACCGGAAUGAAGGAACAAGAUGUCCUAAAAAGUCUCCUCGACUCGGGCUUCUUCGACACCAUUGGCCUCACCGUCAACUUCCUAGAAACCGUGCAGUUCAGUGGGUUCUGUAAUGACAGCCCCGAUUUUGGGGCGGUCACCACCGUCCACGCCAACUGCUGCCGUCACAUCCCCGCCAAGAUUGCUGACCUCACCGCAGUUCUCAAUGACUGGAAACGCUAUAAAGUUGCUGUUGGUAAACGCCGCAGCGGUCACAAGGUCAAACGGUUGAAAUUCCGGUGGACUCCCCAUGACAAUUGCUGGGGGUCAUGGAAUGACACGCACUAUAAACCUCGACAGUGACUAGUCUGUGUCUUAAAAUGUUAAAUGCCCAGCGGCACAAUUUCUGCA